UUAGGUGACACGUGCUGAGGGCUGGGUGUUGGUGAAUGAUUGUGCGCACACAAGCCACCUUGUCUUGGCACUGCCAGGGGCCUUGCCCCUUCUGGUGUGGGCCAAAAGCUCUGUCUCACUUGGUUCAAGACACUGGUGGAGACAAGGACUGUUCCCGAUUGACGAUCUCCCUGCAGGUAAAGUAACAGUACAACACAGACAACAUACACGCCUACGCCGUACGCACUCUGACAUACCCCGUCCCAGAUGAAGACGAGAACCUCAGGGCCUCCCAAACACACAACACCCCUCCAGCUCCUACAGGGCUGCACCUCCCCCCCCCAGUGUCUGGACCUGUGCUGGGGUGUGUCUGACCCGUGGUGUGCAUCGUAAAGCAACAUGCCAAUGGUAGCGGUUAUUAUUAGAAUUCCCAAACCACAGACAGAGAGCAAUUCAUUCCCCAUCCCCCACCCCGAGUGCUCCCACCCUUACUUACCACGACAGAGAUAAACAGAUGCUUUGCACACACACUGUCUUGACAGAAUCCUUUCCACCUCCUAGAUAAGUUCUAGAAUGCUCUCUGCUGCAGACUGGAGGUUCACCCUUCCUCUCCCUAUCGAGGGCCUCUUUCCUGCUGCUUAUUUCAAGAACUGAUACCAGCUUCUGCUUGGAAAAAAUACAUUCCAUCUUCUUGACCCUAGACCAACAGAAAUGAGUGUCUCGUGUCCCAGUGUCUUUUUUUUUUUUUUUCUGUCCGGUGUCUUUUGAAUCUCCCUCUCUUAUGGGCUUUAUGUCCUUUAACCUGUUCAUCAAGCUCUCACCUUGGGCCACGCAAAGGGACACAGUGGUGGACUGGACAGACAAGACACAUUCUUGUAGGAAGAAGACAGAUGACCCCUGGUGCUCCUGGGAGCCCCCCAACACCCCCUGAGCCUCAUGACCCUGGUACUGCCCUGCCCCUGACACCCCGGAUAGAGAGCCACUCAGAGGAGGAAGAUCCGAGCGGGGCUGGCAGUGGCCUGGGCUGGAUCAGCAGGGGCUCCCGGACCCAGAGCCCCGGGGGCAGCUCGGUGGAAGCCGUGCUGGGCCGGAAGAAGCACCGCCGGAGGCCUUCCAAGCGCAAACGCCACUGGCGGCCCUACCUGGAGCUGAGCUGGGCCGAGAAGCAGCAGCGGGAUGAGAGGCAGAGCCAGAGGGCCUCGCGGGUGCGCGAGGAGAUGUUUGCCAAAGGCCAGCCCGUGGCGCCCUACAACACCACCCAGUUUCUGAUGAACGACCGCGACCCUGAGGAGCCCAACCUCGAGGUGCCCCACGGGGCCUCCCACCCAGGCUCCAGCGGGGAGAGCGAGGCCGGCGAGGACGACGGCCGGGGCCGCGCUCACGGCGAGUUCCAGCAGAGGGAUUUCUCCGAGGCCUAUGAGCGCUACCACACGGAGAGCCUGCAGGGCCGCAGCAAGCAGGAGCUGGUUCGAGACUACCUCGAUCUGGAGAGGCGGCUGUCUCAGGCCGAGGAGGAGACCCGGAGGCUGCAGCAGCUGCAGGGGUGCGCCAGGCGGCAGCCUUGCCGCCAGGUGGAGGAGCUGGCUGCCGAGGUCCAGAGGCUCCGGACAGAGAACCAGCGGCUGCGGCAGGAGAACGCCAGGUGGAACCGAGAGGGCGGCGGCCGCGGUGGGGAGCCAGGCACCUAGGGGGGAACCCCCCCCCCA